AUGCUCUCACGUGUUGCUGCAGUGAAGGCACCCCGCACAGACAACCGUCGACGCGUGACCGGAUCCAGCGGAGGGAGGAGGGAAGGAAGAGAGAGCGAGCCGCAGAGGCCCAACAUGUCCCGGCGUCUGUUUACUUCUGCGGUGCUGCUUCUAAUUGUCAUGAUGAUCUGCUGCGGCAGUGGGGCUGUACCCACUGAGGGCACUGAUUCAGAAAAUGAUAGCGGUUUUACCAUUGGGAUGAUUUUGGCUGCUACAGGGUAUGAAUAUGAUACCACAGAAGAAACUCUCCCACCAGGAGCACCUACCUCAGCAGUAGCCGUCCCAGCAGAAGGUAACAAAUCAGUACAUUCCCGAGUAAAGAUUCCGGCGUUAUCCGUUACCGCAAUCAGUUCUCUAUCCGUUGUUGACGUGAAUGGUGUGGUUGCCGUCAUUGCUCAAGCCGACUACGAAGAUGGAUCAAGCACUGUUUUGGCAAGAAUCAUUGAACCCACCGAAGAGGGUGCGGUGUGGACUUUACCAAACUCCAGUGCGAAUAACCCACAAACACAUUAUGCGGAGGGCACUGAGAGAAGGAAGGGUUUACCUUCCCUCUUUAACCCUACUGCGUUUUUUAAAAACGAUGGCUUGUACCUUCUUCUGUAUGUUGGGAAGGAACCACGAUCACCUAAGGGAGCUGUGCCAAAAUCAGAAUACCCGUACCCUUCUCUCGUUAUUGGCGAAAUUAAAAGCAUGAACGCGAGCGACAAGGAAAAAUCUAAAAAAAUUACCUGGGGUGAUUCCGGCUUGUUGAGCUCUGAAAUUGCUGCAGAGUUUCAAAAGAGGUCGUUUGAGAAUUUUUCUGCCAGUGGAGGCACAGGGAUCCUAACGCAGGACAGCUCACUUGUACUUCCCAUAAACGGAUGGACAAAGGAUAAAGAGGAAUUCUCACUAAUUCUGUACUCCGGUGGUCCUAAGAAAGAAUGGAAGCUUUCGAAGGGGUUGCCUGAUAGGUAUUUUGCUCCCGUGAUUGUCGAGUGGGUGAAUGGGAGGCUUCUUAUGAUCAUCUCAUGCAACGAUGGCUAUCGCAAGGUGUACGAAUCCGGUGACAACGGGGAAUCUUGGACGGAGGCUGUCGGGACACUCUCGCGCGUGUGGGGCAAUUCGCAUAAUCGAACAGGGAAAGGUGUGCAGAGUGGGUUUAUUUCUGCGAAGAUUGAAGGAAAGAAUGUUCUGCUUGUUUCUCUGCCAGUGUAUUCUACGGAUAACGAAAGCGGUCGACUCAAUCUUUGGCUAACUGACGGACGACGCAUUGCUGAUAUUGGGCCGAUAUCCUCCACCGACGAAGAUAUCACUGAAAGCGCUCUUUUGUACAGAAAUACUUCGGGUGAGGAGUUGAUUUCCGUGUACGGGAGUAGGAAUGCAACUGGCAAUCUCAGCAUUUCUUCUGUGCGCUUGACUGGGCAGCUGGAGCUGAUAAAGAGAGUGAUAAUAAGCUGGGGAGAGAUGGACAAGCGUGUUUUACAGCUGUACCGUUUUUCGAUUGCCGAGGACAGUUUGUCUUCUGUUGGGGCCUGCAGCACCCGUAUGCUCAUGAAUGGAUUGGUUGGUUUUUUGUCCGGUAGUUUUAAUGGAAGUCAAUGGAAGAAUGAGUACUUUGGGGUAUACGCAGCUGUUCAUGGGGAGGUGACAACCAAUUCGGGUGGUGCGAUCUUCAAGGGCGUUGGAGCAGGGGCGGUGUGGCCUGUGGGAACACAGGGGCAGAAUCAAAUAUACUACUUUGCAAACACCCAGUUCACUCUUCUGGCGACGGUGUCUAUACAGGAAGUGCCGGGGAGUGGCACCAUCUCCAUUCCUUUGAUGGGCGUGAAGAUGAACGACCCCAACGGCAAGCUGUCGACGCUUCUGGGGAUCUCCUACAGUGCGGAUAAAAAGUGGGAGGUGACGUUUAACGGCGUGAAGGCAACAGCCGAGGGUAGCGAGUGGGAACUGAGGAGGGAAUACCAAGUGGCACUCAUCCUGGAGGACGGUGAAAUAAGCUUUGUGUACGUGAAUGGCCAGUUGCUGGGGAGCUCGAAAACGAUGCCGACUGGUAAGGAACGGUUACUCGAUAUCUCGCACUUCUACUUUGGCGGUGACAACGGCGAAAAAAAGGGAAACCGCCAUGUGAAAGUGAGGAACGUAUUGUUGUACAACCGAGUGUUGAGUGCCAGUGAACUGCAAUGCCGUCUUCCUGAAGAAGUUGUGCAAAAGCCACGGAAUGCGUCACCCAGUUCAUCUAAAAAGCACGACUUCGGUCCGAAGGACGAUGACUUCUACACUGUCUUGUUUCCUGAAAAACUCUCUGUCUUGCUUUCCAAUGCAACGGGGUCGCCCAAGAAAACUGCCGUGGGUGCUGCCACAGUCCCUAGCACUGGCGGUCCGAACAAUAAUUUAAAGAAAAAUGGCGAAAGCUGCAUGUUUGUGAAUGUUUCUGGGCUUUUAUUGCUGAUUCUACUGUGGAUGUGUGCAUUUGCGGCUCUUUUUUGA